CAUAGGUUGAGGGGCGGGUUGAAGGGUUCGCCACGCGCCUCAGUAGGAGAGUUUAGCAAGCUCCGAAGGCGGAAGGCCCGGAGUCUUAGGGGCGCCCAGGUGGGCGAGACUGGAAUUGGACAAGAGUCUGCAUCACUGCCAUCACCUGGGCACCUGGUCCUCCUUCAUAGGUCUCCGUCUUCACUGUUGUCUUGACAGCAUGGAUGGGGAGGAAGAUGAUUUGUCUCUGCUGACUGCACUGUUGGAGGAGAAUGAGUCGGCCUUGAAUUGUAAUUCAGAAGUGAGUCAGCCCUUGACCCAGGAAGAUGGUGAACCUGACGAAUUUGAUGAGCUUUUUGAUGCUGAUGGUGAUGGUGAAUCCUACACAGAGGAGGCUUCUGAGGGAGAAGUGGAAAAGGCUGAAGACCAAAAGGAGAAUUUGGAUGCUCUCUUUGGAGACAUGGGAGACUUAACUGAUGAGGAAGAAGUUCCUACAUUGCAGUCAGCUAAAAAUGGGGUCCUUCCUGCUCCUGCUCCCCGUCAAGGGAAAAGUAAUCAGGAGUUGCAAGAUGAGUUAAAGAAGUUGCAAGAACAAAUGAAGUCCUUACAAGAACAGCUAAAACUAGCAACAAUUAAGCAGCCUGCUAGUCCAGCUCGUCUGCCUAAAUCCCCAGUAGAUAAGGUUUCACGUCCCCCUCUUAAGGAGAAGAAAGUUCAGAGAAUUCAAGAGUCAGCGUGCUUUUCUGCAGAUCUUGACGUCCCAACUCUGCCAAAACCCAAGCGAGUGGCUCGGACACCAAAGGUUUCACCUGCAGAGCCCAAAAGCCCAUCUUCAAGGAUGACAAGUAUACCCUCCCAGCCGCUCCGAACAACUCCUGGGAACACUCCUGGUGGGGUGACUAGAGAUCAGAGUGCGGGGACCCCCAGGAGCUCUGGGGAAACAGCUCCGACAGUCUCUGUGGAAGCCUUCUCUGGCCUGAGGCUCAGGAAGCCUCGAGUAUCCUCCACAGAAAUGAACAAGAAAAUGACUGGCCGAAGACUGAUCAGACUGUCUCAGCUCAAGGAAAAGAUGGCAAGUGAGAAGCUGGAAGAAAUAGACUGGGUGACAUUUGGGGUUAUUUUGAAGAAAGUCACUCCACAGAGUUCUAACAGCGGGAAAACAUUUAGCAUCUGGCGACUGAAUGAUCUUCGUGACCUGACACGGUAUGUGUCGCUGUUCUUGUUUGGAGAGGUUCACAAAGAACUCUGGAAGACUGAGCAGGGCACCGUCAUAGGGCUGCUCAACGCCAACCCCAUGAAGCCCAAGGACGGUUCAGAGGAGGUGUGCUUAUCUAUUGAUCAUCCUCAAAAGGUCUUAAUUAUGGGGGAAGCUCUUGAUCUGGGAACCUGUAAAGCGAAGAAGAAGAAUGGAGAACCGUGUACGCAGACUGUGAAUUUGAACGACUGUGAGUACUGUCAGUAUCACAUCCAGGCCCAGUACAAGAGGCUCAGUGCCAGGCGGGCCGACCUGCAGUCCACCUUCUCUGGAGGCCGAAUUCCAAAGAAGUUUGCCCGCAAAGGCAUCAGCCUGAAAGAACGGCUGUGUCAGGAUGGUUUUUACUACGGAGGAGUUUCUUCGGCCUCAUACGCAGCCUCAAUUGCAGCUGCUGUGGCACCUAAAAAGAAGAUUCAAACUACUCUGACUAAUCUGGUGGUUAAAGGCACAGAUUUGAUCCUUCAGGAAACUCAGCAAAAACUUGGAAUACCCCAGAAGAGCUUGUCUUGCUCUGAGGAAUUCAGGGAACUGAUGGACUUGCCUACAUUUGGAGCUAGAAACUUGAAACAUCAUUUAGCCAAAGUCAAGACAUCAGGGAUCCUGGGGAGCCCAAAACCUGCCUUCCAGUCUAUUUCAGCAUCAUCCCUCUUGAAGCAACAGAAGCAGCGUAUGUUAGAGAUGCGGAAAAAGAAGUCAGAAGAAAUACAGAAGCGAUUUCUCCAGAGCUCGAGUGAAGCUGAGAGCCCAGCUGUGCCGUCAUCUUCUCGGGAGCCCCUUUCUUGUUCUCCACCAACUGGGGCCGAGUUCCCCAAGAUGAACAGAACCCCAGCCAUUCAGACGCCCAAGCUCGGAAGAGGCAUCUCAGAAGGAGAUAAUGUCCUCCUUUUUGACAAGUCACCACCACCAAGACCAAAACUCAGUGCUUUAGCAGAAGCCAAAAAGUUAGCUGCUAUAACCAAAUUAAGGGCAAAAGGCCAGAUUCUUACAAAAACAGACCCAAACAGCAUUCAGAAGAAGCUGAAGGAACCUCAGGAUAUCCUGGAAGUGAAGGAACGUGUGGAAAAGAAUAGCACGUUUUCUCUGCAAGCUGAGGAUGAACUGGAGCCUGCCAGGAAAAAAAGAAGAGAACAGCUUGCUUAUCUGGAAUCUGAGGAAUUUCAGACAAUUCUCAAAGCAAAAUCAAGGCACACGGAUGUUCUAAAAGAGGCUGAGGCUGAGCUACAAGAGCAGUAUUUUGAGCCCCUGGUGAAGAAAGAACAAAUGGAAGAAAAAAUGAGAAACAUCCGGGAAGUGAAAUGUCGAGUGGUGACGUGCAAGACGUGUGCCUACACCCACUUCAAGCCCCUGGAGACCUGUGUCAGCGAGCAGCACGACUACCACUGGCAUGACGGUGUGAAGAGGUUUUUCAAGUGUCCCUGUGGAAACCGAAGUAUCUCCCUGGACAGGCUCCCCCAGAAGCACUGCAGUAAUUGUGGCCUCUUCAAAUGGGAACGGGAUGGAAUGUUAAAGGAAAAGACAGGUCCAAAGAUAGGAGGAGAGACCCUGUUACCAAGAGGAGAAGAACAUGCCAAAUUUCUGAAUAGCCUUAAAUAGCCCUGACUUCAAACAGGUACCCACAGCCUACGUUUCUUCUUGUGGUUCUGGAAAAGCCGAGUAUUGGCUCUGAAUUGCCCAUGUUCCUGAUUGACACAGAAUGAAUACGUGUUCGUAACAGCCUACAACUUUGCCUGCUUCCUUUGUUGUGUUGGUUUAACAUCAGCUUUUACAUUGACCUUUAAGUGGAAAAUCCAGAUACAGUUGUCUUCCCUGUUCUCACUGCUGAUGCCCCAAAACUGGAAGGCAGAUUGAGAGCUGUGUUUCUCUCUUGGGUUACAGAGUACGCAGUGUGGUGUCUCACUCACAAUAAGAUUCUGGUAUUUAUAUGAACACCCAGAGGCAAAGGAAUGAAUUUGGCUCAGGUAACUUGCCUAAAUUUGGGGCUUCAGUUUCCUCACCUGUCAAAUGAGGAAGGUUGGACGAUAUGAGCAUGAAGUGUAUCUUUGAGCACUCAAAAGUGUACAAAUAAUACAACUUUUUGCCAUCUAGAAAAUUAUGACCAUCGCCCUUGACAUAGUCUUGCUGUAUUGAUACAAAAGCCAGAUUCCUUCUCUUGGUGCUACUGUUACCUCUAUUUUGUUCUUCAAAAUCAAGUCCUUGAUGCACUUGGCAUUUCAGUUCAUAUUGUAUGACUGUGCCCUUAUAGUCUUGUGGAGCUCUGUAAUGGAAAUACCUAAAAUCUCAUCAUUUUCAAAUAUGGCUUUAUUUAAAUAUGACUUAAACUUUGAAACCUCUAACCAAAACACAUGCAAAAUGUGAGAAGGCAUGAAGCCCAACUGGAAAACAGAAGCAUCCCACGAGGAGACUCCUGUGGCAUUUGGCAUUGGCAGGUAUGCUUCAUUACACAUAUCAAGAGUUAUACCUUGGGGAUCUCUGCGGCGAUGGAGGGUGAUGGGCAGCUGGGACUUGGGGUUAUGCCUGUGGCCCCUGGAGCCUUAGUCUCAGCUCUUCUGCUUGCCAGUUGUGUGACCGCGGGUGAGGUGCCUGUCCUCAGGGUCCACAGUGGCGUGGACUCAUGUGAAUGGCUCAGGCACACAAGGGCGCCGCAGGUGUGACUUUCAGUGUUUGUGAGCACAGGGACCCGAGGAAGCGGAUCCUGAGAAGAGCGUUUGGGUUGCAGGCCAAGGAGGAGGUGUCACAGUUGAGACUGGAGAAGCAAGCAGCAGGCCUUAACUUUGCAGGGCCUCCUUGGCUAUGGUGAGGACGCGGAUCUCGAUCGUGUAGUUGUUGGGAACCACGAGAGGCAGUUUUGAAAAGAUCACUCAGCUGUUGCUUGGAGAAUGAGGCGGGGGCCGGGGGUGCUAAAUUCAGGACGGUGCUCAAAUAUCAACACUUGAGGGAAGGGAACGGUGGCCUGGACAGAAGGGUGAUGGCAGAGAUGGAGAGCGGCGGCGGGCCUCAAAGGAACAGGUGGAACUGUGCAGGAGAGGGCAUCAGGAUAAGGUUCUGGACUGGAUGUUGAGAGGGAACCCUGAAGGGGUGGGAGGCAGGCAGGCCAGACGAUCGGAUGCACCAGGCGCCCCACCCAGGGAGGAUCGAGGUGGUGACAGAAAGCAACUCUGGGGCAGCUCAGCCUGCAGGGCAAGCCCCGUGCAGUCUGAGGUUCCUAUUCCCGUGGAGGUCGCCAAGGGCAGUGGGAAUGUGGAAUGUAGCCAUCAUUUUGUACAAACAUUCAGUGCUCAAUAAGCUUCUAAAGAAUUAGUAAUUUUGUGAGGACCAUGGGCCAAAAGAACACAGUCAGCAUUCCAGAUAAGGCAGGAUGGGAUUUCACUGGUUGGCUCCAUCUUGUUCUUCAGCCAACUCCAAGGCGCCCGUAAAGUUUUGGGUCUUUGCCCUGAACCAGCCCAGGCUUUGGAGUCACCUGCAGGAGUCUGGGUGUAUAGCUCUGGUAAGGUCACCGGCAGAAAAAUAGAUGAUGAGGAGGAUGUCACUCCUGAAAGAUCCUUUCCAGGUCCUUCUUCAAAUGCAGCUCAGUGUUUAUGCAUGAAAUGAUCAAAAUGUCUAGGAUUGGCCUUCAAAACAGAAUGAAGGGACGCAGGGCAGCGCAUGGGGUGUCGAUGGAUCAAAAAUGGCGGAGCUACUAAUUGUUAAAACUGGGUCACAGGUAUAUGGAGGCUUACACCCAUCUCUGUUUUCGCAUUUGUUGUAAAAUGUGAUGAAAAGUAAAACAGCAAACAAGCAGCUUGUCUUCUCCAUGAUGCCUGCCCAGUGCCCCUGGGCACAGUCACCACCCCUUCCUCCAAAUCUUUGCUGUAUUUUGAAUGUUGAUCUGGCAGGAAACUUAUUGUGAUGGGUUUGUUUAUCUGUGUCACCUGCUGUCUUCUGUAUUUUAGUGUGGUUUGAUUUCCAGGUGCCAAACCAGUGCUGCCUUAUUAGUGCUCAGUGUACGUAGGGUGGAUGGAGAGAUUUUUAAAAUUGUGAAUACCAGGAAUUUAAUAAAUGUUUUCUGAAUUGUUUAAAAAAGGGGG